UGAGAACUUACUGACUCCCAAUGGCUUUAUUUAUCUCCUCUCAAUCGGACUUGAUAAGAAACUUCACAUAAAAACAUCACAACUCUAACAGUCCUAAUGGCUUCGCCGUUUGUGGUUUUCUUACUCUCCAUGAUUUUUCAAAUUAUUGUUGCUCAACACCUACCAGGCCUUGUAAGCCCAGGCUCUUCUCUGUUUCCUACCAGAAGUCCCAUGUCAUGGGAUUCACCUUCGGGCCAUUUCAAGUUUGGAUUCUACGAAGAAGGCAGUGGCUAUUCAAUUGGAAUCUGGUUACAAACCUCUCCUCAAGUCACCAUUGUUUGGACAGCAAAUCGAGAUUACCCUCCUGUGUCACCAAAUGCAACACUCACACUAACAUUGGAUGGUAAGCUCAUUCUGACUGACCAGAAUGAACAAAAACCCAUUGUUAAAAUGGUGGAUAGUGCUUCAUUUGCUUCCAUGUUUGACUCUGGUAACUUUGUUCUCUUCAACAAACGUUCUGAUAUCAUCUGGUCUAGUUUUGACUUUCCGACUGAUACGAUAUUGGAAGGUCAGAAUCUACGUAGUGGAAGUGAACUGUUUUCUAGUGUAUCCAAAACCAAUCACUCAACUGGACGGUACCGGUUGAAGAUGCAAAGUGAUGGGAAUCUUGUUUUGUAUCCCAUAAACACCAUAGACAAGUAUACGGAGGCUUAUUGGGCCAGUGCAACGGACAACAAAGAACAGCAUCACUUGUUUCUGAAUUAUACAGGUGAUCUCGUCCUUCUCAACAGCACCAUGGCUACAACAAAGCGUUUGGGGUCUGAUUCAACCUACAAUGAAACGCUCAACAGCUCAACCAUCUACCUUGCAACACUAGGCUAUAAUGGGAUUUUUUCUUUGUUUGCUCAUUUUUUUGUCAUUGAGUCAGGUGCAUACAACACAUCCACUAAUCUAUGGUCAGUACCAGAGACACAAUGUGACGUAAAGAGCUUUUGCGGCUUGAACAGCUAUUGCACAUUGGAUGACAAAUCACCUGUCUGUCGAUGCAUUCCUGGUACCAAUUUUGUAGAUCCUAACCAGCAGUUUAGUGGAUGUAAGAGGAACUUUACUGACCAAAGUUGCAAGGAUGUGAAAAAAGGUAGCGCUGCAUACAAUAUUUCUUCUAUGGACAAGAUUACAUGGGAAGAUUAUCCAUAUGUCAAAGAAAAUAUUUCAGGAGAGGAUUGUAGAAAAUCCUGUUUUGAGGAUUGCAAUUGUGAUGCAGCACUGCAUGAUUCACAGUAUUGCACAAAGUACAAACUUCCUUUGAAAUCUGCUAAGAGACUUGAUGGUAAUAAAUAUGAGUCCUAUAUAGCUUACUUCAAGAUUGGCACAAGAGCUAUCAAAAGUGAAAACAGCUCCAGUUCAUUGGGAACAUGGAAGACUCAAGAAAUUGUAAGAGUUACAAGCAAGAAGACGGUGAUGCUAAUUCUUCUUGUGACUAUCGGCUUUAUCACUUGUUCAUGUGUUUUCCUUGCAGUCUCAGGAUUUUUCAUGUUUAAGUACCGAGUUGCCAAAUACAAGUGGCUGCUGGAAACUGGAAAUUUUGGCUCAACGGAUGAGCUUACUCUGCGUUCAUUCUCUUACAGUGAGCUUAAGAGGGCAACCAACAGAUUCAAGGAAAAUCUGGGCAGGGGCUCUUUUGGUGCAGUCUACAAAGGGGUCUUCCACAAAGGAGGAAAACUUGUUGCUGUCAAGCGAUUGGAGAAGAUGAUGAAUGAUAGUAGUGAAAGAGAAUUCCAUGCGGAGAUGCAAGUUAUAGGUAGAACACAUCACAAGAACUUAGUACGGUUGCUUGGUUAUUGUGCUGAGGACUCAAAGAGGCUUCUGGUAUAUGAAUACAUGAGCAAUGGAUCCCUCGCAGAUCUCCUUUUUAGCCACGAUAAGUCUCCUGAAUGGAGUGAGAGAGUGAGAAUAGCAUUAGACGUGGCUAGAGGAAUACUUUAUCUCCAUGAUGAAUGUAAAGCACCUAUCAUUCAUUGUGAUAUAAAGCCUCAGAAUAUUCUGAUGGACGAUUUUUGGACUGCUAAAAUCUCUGAUUUUGGCCUGGCAAAGUUGUUGAUGCCAGAUCAAACAAGAACUUUCACAUUGGUGAGAGGGACUAGAGGCUACAUGGCACCGGAAUGGUCUAAAAAUAUGCCAAUAUCAGUGAAAGCAGAUGUUUACAGUUAUGGAGUUGUGCUCCUGGAAAUCGUUUGCUGCAGAAGAAACAUGGAGCUGGAUCCAUCGAAACCAGAGGAAAUCGUUCUUAUUAAUUGGGUUUACAAGUGCUUCAUUAACAGAGAGUUGAAUAAGCUCGUCCGUGGCCAAGAAGUGGACAAGAAGACUUUAGAGAACAUGGUUAAGGUGGGGCUCUGGUGUGUUCAAGAUGAACAAGCUCUUCGGCCUUCUAUGAAGAGCGUAGUGAUGAUGUUGGAAGGGAUUACUGAUGUCUCUAUUCCUCCUUGUCCCAGUUCUUCCUCAGGCUAAAAUCUGAUGGGUGGGUACUUCACAAUAAAAAAAUUGAACCGAAACAUGCUGAUGAAUUAAGCAAUGGAAAUAGGAAUAUGUCAGUUUCUUUGGCUUAAAAUUAAUUAUGUAUGAAACAAACUAGAAUUCUCUUAUCUCUUGUUCAAAUUCCUAUGAUCUACAUCAC